CGUCUCGCUGUCGCCGGCGAUGGCUCAGGCGGCCGGUGGAUCUUCUUCUUCAGAAUUCGAAGCCGCAGAGUGGCGGAUUCUGACUAGAAGCAACUUCUCCUCUCAGAUCCGUCAUCACCCUCACAUACUGCUCCUGGUAACUGUUCCUUAUUUGUAGCCACUGUGGUAGACUCUUUCAACUCCUGUUCCUGAUCAUUGAUUGGCUUAAAUGACGAUUCCAACUGUAAUCCCGAGAGAGGGAUCCUUUGGUUCAAGUGGGAAGAGGGGAGCAGUUUUUGGGUCCGAGCUGCUCAUGACCGUCUGCUAGAGCAAUAGAAUACAAGCCGAAGUGUUUCACUUAUGGCUUUACUGUACAUGAAAGUGACAUUCAAUUUGGACUAAUAGGGGUCUGGUGAGUCUCGAUCCCUUAUGAAGGAAAUAUCCCAGCUUGUUGCUAAUAAGCCAGAUAAGUUUAGCACCCUCAAGCUGAUGCUCUUAUAUAAAAAUAGAGAGAGGAUGUUUGCCGAUGCCAUUGGUGCUACAGAGGGAAUAACAAUUUUUUGCUACCACCAUUCUUUAUCAUACAAGUACCGUGGGAGGCUUCGAGCACAAAAUAUUUUAUCUUCUGCUCAUUUUCUUACGUCACUUUCUCACGAACAACUUCCUCUUGAAUUUCUAAAAACACCAGAGGACUUGAAAACAUUCCUUCAAUCAACUGACAAGGCACUGCUUCUCCUAGAAUUUUGUGGAUGGACGCAGACAUUGCUAGCCAAGGGAAUGGACAAUGGAACUGGAAAUGCAUUUGAUAGCCCCCAUGGAGCAGGUUUUAUUGGAGAGACUAGCAGAUCACUUACAAGAGAGAAAAAGAAAAAUCAGAAGGGGAUGGAAAAUGAAAAGAUGACUUGUAGUGUUCAAAAUGGAGUUGGUGGAGUACCUUGGGAAUUUACCUCUAUGAGCUACCGUGACUCUUUUGAUACAAGGCCCAUUGCUGGGAUGUCUUGUGGCUAUGAAGAGUUCCAGCGAUUUGAGUCUUUCUUCUCAAAGUUCAUGACUGUUGCAAGAGGCUUCUUCUUGCCUCCUGAAAGGCUAAGAUUUGGUCUGGCUCCUGAGAGGUUGUUGCUUUCAUCUUUGAAUGUUGGGGAUUCUGGUUCAUGGUUGUCUUCAGCCAGUGGAGAGUCUGAUUCAUGGCUGAUGAUACUUCAUUUUGCUGGAUGCUCCAGUUGUUUAAAGGUUCUCAGAGAAGAGGAUGAUCUUAAAAGUGCUUUACAGACGCAAAAUUCACUUGUUAUAGAGCUGGAAGAUGAUGGGGAUGAUCCUGAGCCUACUUUACCUGCAAAUAAGCCAUCGAUACUUCUUUUUAUUGACAGAUCUUCUGAUUCACUAGAAAAGAGAAAAAAGAGUGAGGAAGCUAUCAAUGCUUUUAGAAGUUUAGCAUUGCACUAUCACACAUUACACAGGAAAGGAGAACAACAGAAUCUCAAGUCUGAGAAAGUCUUGUUUGACACUUACCAGGCAUCAAAAAGCAUGCCUGGAAAUAAAAAAUUCAAGCCAGCAUCUCAAAAUCUGAGGCUUAUGGAUAAGAUGUCUUUCAUGAUUAUAAAUGAGGACAAGCACGUAACUGUAGAUAAAAUUGCUUCACAUUUACAAGGUAAUUCCUUGCAGGAGAUCGCCACAUAUUUAUUUCAGCGUAACAAUGAUGUAAAAUUGAGCUCACUUGCAAAAGAUGUUGGUUUCCAACUUUUGUCUGAGGAUUUUGACAUCAAAAUACAAGAAGCAUUACCGACAGAGGCAAAGCCCACAGAAAGCCUUACAGAAGUCAGUGUUGAUGUGCACGAGGAUCAGAUACCAUAUGAGGCUAGCACAUCAUCCCUGGAGCAUGAGGGGCAAUUUAAACCUGCUAAUGCUGAUGAAUCUUCUGACAAUACCAGAGAAACUAUAACCUUUGAUGCUGGUAGCCUUUCAUCUAGAAAACCAGAAUAUUUUCAUGGAAAUGGGGUUCUUGGUAGUGCUGAAGAUGGGAAGGGAGAACAGAAAAUCUUCUCACAGAAAGCUAAUUUGGGUGAAGAGAAGCUUCACUUUAAAGGAUUUACGGUUUCCUUUUUUUUCUCUGAUGGUGGAGAUCAGUUACUUAGAUCCCUUACUUCAGGAUCAAAGAUUCCAUCGGUGGUAAUAGUUGAUCCAACCACACAGACACAUUAUAUCUUACCCAAAGAGACAGAUUUCAGCUACUCUUCAUUGUCUGAUUUUCUUAAUGGAUUUCUUAACAGAAGCCUUCUUCCCUAUCAGCGAUCUGAAACUCUUAUCCGAAGUCGUAGGGAGGCUCCAUGCCCACCAUUUGUUAAUUUGGAUUUUCAUGAGGUGGACUCCAUUCCUCGUGUCACCACUCGCACCUUUUCUGAGUUGGUUCUUGGUUUUAAUCAGUCCGAUAACUCAAAUGUUGGCCCUGCUUGGAAGAAGGAUGUGUUGGUCCUUUUUUGCGGCAUUUGGUGUGGAUUUUGCCAGAGAAUGGAACUUGUUGUUCGUGAAGUAUAUAGAGCUUUCAAGCAUUACUCAAUUAGGCUGGAAAAUGGACGAAGUAAUGGCAAAUCUGUAUUGAAUGAUGACUUGAAAGAUUUUUCUUUGAAGCUUCCACAGUUUUAUUUCAUGGAUUGCUCACUGAAUGAAUGCAGUUUGAUCUUAAGAUCAGUAGCUCAGAGGGAACUUUAUCCAUCUCUGCUAUUAUUUCCAGCGGAAAAGAAGAGUGCUGUUUCUUAUGAAGGAGAUGUGGCAGUAUCAGAUAUUAUCAAGUUUGUCAUUGAUCAUGGAAACAAUGCUUAUAGUCUUGUCAAGGAGAAAGGAAUUCUACAGAUUGGAGCACAGCAAGAAAGAAGGAAGCAGAAUAUAUAUGAAUCUGCAUUACAGAGUGCUGUUCACAAGGAAGCUCCUUUGGCAAAGAACAAACACCAUGAGGUCAUAUUAAAAUACAGAACACCAGAAAGAGUAAUUAAAUACAACCAGAUAAAACCUCGCAGGUCAUAUGACUUGCAUGGAGCUGCCCCUCAAGUGAUUGUUGGAUCCCUCCUUAUUGCAACAGAUAAGCUUCUCAACAUACACCCAUUUGAUAAAUCCACCAUUCUAAUUGUAAAGGCAGAUCAAGGUACAGGAUUUCAAGGUCUGAUUACUAAUAAACAUAUUAGCUGGGAUUCUCUGUAUGAACUCGAGGAAGGGUUAGAACUGUUAAGAGAGGCUCGCCUGUCAUUUGGAGGCCCCCUUUUGGAACACAGAAAUCCCCUGGUUGCCUUAACUCGGAGAACCCUUAAGGAUCACUACCCAGAAGUUCUGCCAAAUAUUUACUUUAUUGAUGAAUGGGCCACAGUUAACGAAGUAGAAGAAAUCAAGUUGCGCAAUCAUUCUGUUAUUGAUUACUGGUUUUUCUUGGGAUACUCAAGUUGGGGUUGGGACCAGUUAUUCAAUGAGAUUGCAGCAGGAGCUUGGAACAUAAGCGUUGAUAAUACAGAACGGAUAGAUUGGCCAUGGAGAUGACUUAAAUCCAAUGCUUUAGUUUAGGUUUUAUUUCACAAACUCGAGCUAUGGAGUUCUCAACUGGGAAUUCUGAUAAAGCGGCCAAAGUUCAAAUAUUAGACAGAUGAGUUUAGUAGUAGAUUCCUAAUUGAUGUGUAUUAUUAUCAAUUUGUUGAAUUGAACUUACGCCCAUUAACCGUGUAAUAUUCUUUUUA